AUGUGGAAUGUAAGGUUGUUAAACACACCCUUCAACCCCAAGGUUGUUUAUGAUGGACACCCAACAUUGUUUACCAUUAAGUUGUACCAUGGAGGUGAGUUCACCAAGUACCCUGAUGUUCGUUACAUUGAUGGAACUGUAAACUAUGUUGACAUGGUAGACAUAGAUGAGUUUUCAGUUCAUGAGCUCGAUGCAAUCAUGAAGGGUUUUAGAUAUGGGGUUCCUCCUGUUAUAUACUACCAUUUUCUUGUGCCUGGUGGAGACUUCCACUUUGGUCUUCGCCCUUUAGGAAAUGAUCAAGAUGUUGCAAACUUUUCUCAAUAUGUCAGUGAGCACAAAGUGAUGAAGGUAUACACAGAGCAUGGUGAAACAAGACUACUCACCUAUUUCUUGAAUCCUAAGCCUGUUACCAAGGUUACCCUUGUACAGUUAGAUGAACCACAUGAGGAUGUGCAACACAUUGAUGAAGCUCCUGAUGACCAAUCAAAGGAAACACCUGUGAUGACUACACCUACUGAUAAUUUAGUUGAUGUGGUGCCCACUCAAGCAAACCAACCUGAAAUCCAAGUUAAUGAAAUAGUUCAAGUCGUAUCCUUAUCACCUGGAUAUAAUAGGAGAAGGGGUAUGAGCAAGGAUGGAGUGAUGGCAUCUUGCAGUAAGAAAAUUUACUUUGAUGAUAUUGGUGAGACUGAACAGAUAGCCAAAGACUUUGUUGAGGCAGCUACUGAUUUUGAUAUUGGACUCUACCAAAAAAUACUACAAAGCAAUGUUGAUGGAGUCAAUGGCACUGACAUGCAUGAUGUCAAUGAACCUCAGAUGGAUGAAGAAAUCCAACCUCAAAUGGAUGAAGAAAACCAAGCUCAGAUGGAUGAAAACCAACCUCAGUCUAACAUGGAUAGUAGUGGAAAAGAAAAUGUAAGUGAAACAGAGCAGGAAGAUGAUAGUGAUGAUAGUGAUUAUUGGGUGGAUGAAGAUAAUGUAAUUGAAGAUAUUGAAGUUGACAUGAGGGAUUUUAACAUGAGCAUUGAUACAGAAGUAGAGUUCUUAGAUAAAAGGGCUAGGAAUCCUAGACAACAUGAGAGUGAUGAAGAAGCAGAUGAGUUAGAUGUCAUUGACAAUGAUGCUUUUGAUUCCAUGGAUGAGGAUUCUGACCAGGACAGGAAGAGAAGAGCAGUUUUGAAACAACUAAGUAAGGAAAAAAGUUGUUCUUUAGGUGAGGUUCAUAAGUGUAAUUUUAAAAUAGGUCAAAAGUAUAACAGUAAGCAGGAGUUGAAAGAGAAAAUCAAAAUGCAUGCAUUGGAAACAAAAAAGAAUAUUGCAUUUAAAAAAAAUGACAAAUCCAGAUUGAGGGCCAUAUGUAAUGGAGUUGUGGCAUUUACUAAUGAUGGAGUUGGUGGACCUACCCAAGCUGAAAAAAGUAAAGGGAAAAUUAAAGGGAAAAGUAAAGGGAAAAGUAAAGAAAAGGACAAACAAGGUGGUACAAGUCAGGAAAAAGCAGAUUCUUCUUGUCCUUGGAUGUUACAUGCCUCGAGGUCUACAGAUGCAAGCAGCUGGGAGAGCAACCACAGACAUGCUGUUAAACAACCUUUGUGA